UGCUUAGAAUAUUGCAGGCAGUAUAAUUUACUCUAAAGAGCCAAAAAGACCAUGAAUUUAAGUUCAUGUUUCAUGCAAAAUACUGCAUCUUACGUGUGGUUUAGUUUGAAAAAGUCUCUGAGGAAUUCUGCUGGAAAUUAGUAUUUAUACACGAGCCAGAAAGCCGAUAUGAGGACACACAUACAGCAGAACUAGCCAUGAGCCAUUGGAAGCUUUUUCUCGCUUUAAUCAUUCUACAUGCUCAUGGAGAUCAUAUCUUCACAGGAGCUGUUGUUUUUCGUGAGUACAUAGGAGCUAACUUUGACAAUGUUCGAUUUUCCGAUGUACCCAUAAACCCUAAUAUCCAGGUCCAUUUCAUCCUCUCUUUUGCCAUUGAUUACACCCUUGGAUCCUCCCCCACACCAACCAACGGAAAGUUUAAUAUCUUCUGGGAUUCCGACAAUCUCAGCCCAUCUCAGGUUCUUUCAAUCAAACGCCAACAUUCGAAUGUUAAAGUCGGGUUAAGCAUUGGAGGGGACAGUGUGGGAAGUCGUUCUGUUGAUUUCACUGCUUUCUCGAUAGAUUCAUGGGUAUCUAACGCUGUUUCUUCCCUCACUCGUGUUAUAAAACAGUAUCAUUUAGAUGGAAUCGAUAUCGAUUAUGAGCAUUUCGAUGCUACACCUACCAUCUUCGCACAGUGCAUAGGACGACUUGUGACGACUCUAAAGAACAAUCGAGUCAUUUCAUUUGCUUCAAUUGCUCCAUUCGAUGAUGGUGAAGUUCAGAGGCAUUACUUAGCUCUAUGGAGGAGUUCUGCACGUGUUUUCGACUACGUCAAUUUCCAGUUUUAUGCUUACGAUAGAAGCACCACUGUGGCUCAGUUUCUGAGGUUCUUUGAUGAGCAGGCGUCUAAUUAUGAUGGUCGUAAGUUGUUAGUCAGCUUUAGCACUGAUUCGAGUGGCGGCUUAAAACCAGACAAGGGGUUCUUUACGGCGUGCCAGAAUCUUAAGAGUAAGGGAAAACUGAACGGCAUCUUUGUUUGGUCUGCAGAUGACUCGAAAGCGAGUGGAUUCAGGUUCGAGAGACAAUCACAAGCAUUGUUAGCAAAAUCUUAUAAGUAGAAGGCAUAUUAGAGUGAUCAUGGAUAUAUGCUUUUGAACUAGAAUUAUAGUUAGGUCGCAAUAUUUACUUGUUAUUGCCUAUUGGAAAGAUCAUGUAAUGUGUAUGUCUCUUUUAAGUGUUCAUGCAGCUCCUAUCCUCCAUGUCAUCCAAUGUAUUCAACACCAUGUUCGUAGUGUCGUUGAAAUAAUGUGUUAUUCUUGAGA